AUGCCAACACCGGCUGCUCGGAGGUACCCCGCGCGUAAGAGACGCGCACCUGGGGAGUGGUACCGCGCCAACUCGGCGGCGGAUACGGAAGCGGGGGAGCACCCCGAAGGAACGAGGCAGCACUCAGAAUCGCAGAGUUGUCAGAAGCAGGAGAUUGACUUCGACGAGGUCUACUCCCUGGUGAGCAAGCGCACGAUAUUCCGUGCGCUGCUGGCGGUGGUUGCGGAGCGCGACUUGGAGCUGCAUCAGCUGGACGUCAAGACGGCGUUUUUUAAUGGGGAGCUGGAGGAGGAGAUUUAUAUGCAGCAGCCGCAGGGAUACGAGCAAGGUGGGCUGGAGACGGUCUGUCGCCUCGAGCGCAUCUUGUACCGGUUGCGCCAGGCGCCGCGUGCGUGA